AUGACAGGGAGUGACAGCAUAGACACACUCGUACGGGUGGGUUUAACAAAGGCAUCCGGUCUCAAGCCGACGGCCCGACGGGUGGUGAUCCAGGACUUUACGGCUUGUGGCAGGGAAGAGUUGACGGUGCGGAGAGGCGAUGUAGUUUACAUAGUUUAUCGUGACCAUGAGUGGUUCUACGUCAGUACACCCGGAGGACGGACGGGCUACAUCCCCGUGACCUUCUGCGGUAAAGGGAAGUCAGUUCCCAGUGAUGAUGUCUUGGAGCAUUCAUGUCAUAUUCCUAGUCGCGGACGGAUUCCCGCUGAUCCCACUCCGCUCAACGAAUCAACCGCUCAUCUCUCACUGCGCACCAAGGAAGAAAAUGCACGCCAUCUACCGGAUUGCCAGGCCCUCCACGCGACCGACAUUGAAUUGCAGAGUAAACAGUGCCGAGGAUAUAAUCAUGGCUACAACGAAAUAUUUCCAUUCAAGAAGGAAGAACGGGGACAUUCCAUGGUCUUGUUUGAGUUUGGGGCCAAAAAUGAAAAUGAUCUCGAUGUUCGGCGAGGGGAAAUUGUCGUGCGUUUAAACGAGGAGGACAGGGAAUGGGUUUGGGUUAGAAGGGGUGACAACGUUGAAGGCUUUGUGCCAUACAACUAUCUCUGUCCCCUGUCUUACUAG